GAGACAGGAAGCGGAUGGGGGAGAGGGACCAAUCCUUGCCGACGCCACACUGCAUCCCCCGCCCACUGCCUCGAGCAAGCAUGGCAUCGAGCACUCCUUUCUAUAUUAACUAGCCCCGGAUAGAUAGAUAAGAGCGAGGCAUGGGCCGUCGGGAAUGGUGAUCACCGAGGCCAGGUCGUGUCAGCCGAGAAGAUAGCCGCGACGAGUGUUUUCCUAGCGGAGAGAGGGCCAAGAAUGGCGGCGCUGGCCGCCGCCGCCGCUUUUGCCGGCCUCCUCCUCGCCCUUGCGCCCGUGGUCGGGGCCGAUACCGACGCCGGCGGCGUUUCGGCUCUUGGGAACCUCUACACCUCCUGGAACAGCCCGGCCCAGCUCGUCGGUUGGUCGGCGGCCGGCGGCGGCGACCCCUGCGGCGCCGCCUGGAUGGGCGUCUCCUGCUCGGGCUCCGCCAUCACCUCAAUCAACCUUUCUGGUAUGGGAUUGAAUGGCACUCUUGGCUACCUACUGCCCAGUCUAGUGGCAUUGACAACGAUGGACUUGAGUAACAACAGCUUGCAUGAUGUAAUUCCGUAUCAGCUGCCACCAAAUCUUAUCCAUCUGAAUUUGGCCAGAAAUAAUUUUUCCGGCAACAUCCCAUACUCUAUAUCCAACAUCUUAUCACUUGGCUACCUCAAUGUCAGUCACAACUCUCUGUUCCAGGAAAUCGGCGAACUAUUUGGGGGCCUCAAUUCGCUUUCUGUAUUGGAUUUAUCUUUCAACAACUUGUCAGGGAAUCUUCCAGUUUCUUUUGUCUCUUUGUCAAAUCUUUCUAGCCUCUAUAUGCAAAAUAAUCAACUAUCGGGCACAGUCAAUGUCCUCAGCAACCUAAGCCUUACUACACUAAAUAUAGCAAACAACAACUUCAGCGGAUUGAUACCCGGGGAGCUCAGCUCGAUUCCAGAUUUGAGCGCUGGAGGGAACUCAUUUAUCAAUAUGCCUGCAUCUCCACCACCGAUUAUCAUGCCACCAUCUGAGAGUCCACUUGCUCAGCCGGACCGUCCUCGAGUACCAACAACUUUUCCAAAUGGCCCUGAGGAUGAGAUCCCUAUCGAUGAAGGUGACAAGAAGCAAGGCCGGCAAACAGGUCUGCUUGUAGGGUUGGCUGUUGGGUCAGUGGCUGCUGCUUCAUGUAUACUUUUCGCGUUGGUGUUCUGCCUUCACAGUGUCCAUAAAAGAAAGGAUGGUGGUACCGGUGAACCGAAAGACUUUGUAGGUGCUCUUGCAGUAAACAUAGACAGAGAUUCUAACAACAACAUCCAUCAAGACUCUCCUGUCGCAGCUUCAGUGCUCCAGCGGCCUAUUGGCACUCCUGAGAGGGCGUAUGGUGUAAAUAGUUCUCCAGCAAAGAAGAUAAAGGUUCCUGGUGCGGCGACUUCUUAUACUGUCGCUUCGCUCCAAGUUGCUACAAACAGCUUCUGCCAAGAUUCCCUACUCGGUGAGGGUUCACUUGGUCGUGUUUACAGAGCUGAUUUCCCCAAUGGAAAGGUACUUGCUGUGAAAAAGAUAGACAGUGCUGCCCUUUCCUUGUAUGAAGAGGAUCAUUUUCUUGAGGUUGUAUCGAACAUUUCUCGGCUUAGGCACCCGAACAUCGUGUCGCUUACAGGCUAUUGCGCUGACCAUGGCCAAAGGCUUCUUGUAUAUGAGCACAUCGGAAACGGAACACUACACGAAAUGUUGCACUUCUCUGAUGAGGCGAACAAGAGCCUUUCUUGGAACGCCCGUGUGAGGAUUGCGCUAGGCACCGCUCGAGCUUUGGAGUACCUGCAUGAGGUGUGCCUUCCCCCUAUUGUACAUAGAAACCUCAAGUCAUCAAAUAUCCUGCUUGAUGAAGAGUGCAGCCCACAUCUGUCUGACUCUGGGCUUGCUGCCUUCUCACCAAAUCCUGAGAGAGAGGUUUCAACGGUGCUUGGUUCACUUGGAUACAGUGCCCCAGAAUUCGCCAUGUCAGGAAUACAUACUGUAAAGAGUGACGUGUACAGUUUUGGAGUAGUGAUGUUAGAGCUUCUUACGGGCCGUAAGCCGCUAGACAGAUCCAGGGAGAGGUCAGAGCAGUCCCUUGUCGGGUGGGCAACCCCGCAGCUUCACGACAUCGAUGCACUCGCCAAGAUGGUUGAUCCAGCAAUGGAUGGGAUGUACCCUGCGAAAUCUCUCUCCCGUUUCGCCGACAUAAUCGCGUUGUCUGUCCAGCCGGAACCGGAGUUCCGUCCACCGAUCUCCGAGGUCGUCCAGCAACUUGUGCGUCUGAUGCAGAGGGCUAGCAUGUUAAGACGACAAUCGGCAGACGACCUAGGGUCUUCCUACCGUGCCCCGGAGCGCGAAGGAGGCGCGUGGGACGCCGUCUGAGGCCAAACCUCCUGCCAGCUAUAAACCAGAGCUGUAUCAGAACAUAUCAUUCUGUGAGUAUUAGUUUGUGUUCAGUUUUUACUUCAUCUUCUGUCUGGUAUUUCAGGAGCUUCAGCUUAUCUGUUUGUACCAAAUAUGCUGGGAAUUUUGUGAACGGCUUGUAUAGAUAUAGGAUUCUGUUCUGGUGAUCAGUUGUAGAUAAAAAAGGAAAGUAAAGUAAAGUGAGAGAAAAGGAUUUGUGACAAGUUGAAUGCU